AUGGAGGCCGCCGCCGUACUGCACCCCGUCGGCGGCCACGCGCGAGCCGCGGAGCGCUGGGAGGCGCCGGCGUCGACCGUGCACUGUGGCAAUGGUGAAGAUGCUGCUGCAGAUGAUGACUCCUGGUGUGAUGCUUCAGAUUCUCCAGGGCAUGAUUCCAGCUUACACAGAGAAUGGACCCACAGGCAGGACCAGUUUCAUAAGAUGGGCUAUAGGGAUGGUAUAACAGAAGGGCAGAAGGAUGUUGCCCAAGAGGGGUUCAACCUUGGGCAUAGGCAAUCUGCGCAUGUUGGAUACAAGUGGGGUCUCGUUCGGGGGAUCACUAGUGCAUUAGCUAGUCUUCAUGACAGUCUAAAAGAAAAGUUGAUGCGCGAUGCCCAGCGUAGAGGAAAACUUGAAGAUUUGCACAACUUCGUGCUAGAAAUUUCAGCACAGGGUGCGCUGCAACUGUUUCACGAGAGUACACUUCAGGAUAAUCGUCGACCAGAGGAAAGCAUGCUCCAAACAAUUACAAAGGACCUUCUACUGUUGUUGCAUGAAUGCCCAGAUGUUCAUGUUAGUGAAGAGUUGAAACGAGUUCCAUAA